AUGAAUCGACGAAUUNAUCAGACUGUACUACGUAUUUGUGAGUUUGUUACGACGAUCGGUAAUUUGGAAUUGGGUUAUGUAGCGAGUUUGGUUGGGGUUCUUACGGCGAGCUGGAUUUGUGAUGUUCGUGACAGCUUCGUUAGCAAUUUCUUAACUGUUCAAAGCGGAGUACCAGACUUGUCUUGUGAAGAUGAAGAGUUGUGGCACUGA